AUGUCUAGGAGCUAUCGCUCUCCGCGUAAACUCAUUGAGUCGGGCGCGAUCGCCAUUCCUGAACUCUUUGAGUGGAACGCAGAGGAGAAUCCAGAAUAUCCUCUCUUCUGCUUUCCCAACAGUUCCGGAGCCCUCAGGAUCAUCACCUAUGCGGAGGCGAUCCGGGCUAUCAGGCGUGUCGCUCGAUACGUUCUGUCCUUUGCGGAUAACCGUGAACGGCGAACCAUAGCCAUCCUAGCCAACACAGACUCCGUCACGUAUACCAUCGCUUCUGUUGGAAUUCUACGUGCCGGUCACAUUCUCUUUCCGAUCUCUACCCGGAAUGGCGCUGCAGCAGUAACUCACCUAUUGGAGCGCACGAAUUGCCAACAUGUGCUAGUAUCAGAAGAUGAGCACAUGCAAGCAUUGGCGACUGAGUCAACACGGGACUUGACAGGCAUCGCACUGCACCCUAUACUCAAGUUUGAGGAUAUGUUUACCAGCGAUGCGUUAUCUAAUGACCCUGGACCUGAGGGACUACCAACCGAAUAUGCAGCGGAUGAUGUGGCGAUGAUUCUCCAUUCGUCUGGUUCGACUAAUCACCCAAAGCCAAUACUCUGGACACACAAGAGGCUGACUAGCAGAGCGACCGCCCCAUGGUAUGGGGAGGUGGACAUGACUGGGACUACGCUUGCGUGUGCCGGCACGCCAAUGUUCCAUGCGCAAGGCGUCUCAUUUUACACCACUACAGUUACAACGGGCAUUAUUCUAGGGGUGUUUGUGCCGUCAUCACCGCCGAUCUUUCCGACACCAGAAAAUGUCUUCGACAAUGCAGUCGCAACGGGGGCCGAAUACAUCUCUACUGUUCCUACUUUCGUCGAGGAGUGGGCUCGGGACCCGGGCAAAAUCGAUCGUAUGAGAAAGAUGAAAGGAGUUAUUUUUGGAGGUGCGGAGAUGAACGCGGAGGUCGGAAACUCGCUAGCUUCUCGCGGUAUUUCUUUGAUUUUGGCGUAUGGCAUUACCGAAAUUGGAGCUGUGGCGAACAUCAUUCCAGGUAGCACGCGAACGAAUCCGGGCAUGGACUGGGGUUAUUUCUCGAUUACACCAUGGAUCCAAAGUACCGUCAGGGAUGCGGGAGAUGGGAAAUUUGAGAUCGUUGUCCUGCAGUCCUCGUCAGAUUGCCCUCUGCCAGUCGUCAAUUUGAAGAUAGAUGGCGUAGACGCAUACGCCACAAAUGAUCUCGUCAUUCCUCACCCGACGCGGAAAGGUCUAUGGAAGCUAUACGGUCGUAUGGAUGAACAGAUCGUUUUAUCUAAUGGCGAGAAGACAAAUCCCAUACCUAUAGAGCGCAUCAUAAAGGAGGACGCUCAUGUCCGCGACUGCAUUGUCUUCGGCUCUUCCAAAUUCCAGAAUGGGGUACUGGUGGAGCCCGAACCCGCUUUCGCCGUUGGCCCACACGAUCAAAGUCGACUUUCGGAGUUCAGGUCAAAGAUAUGGCCCAGCGUGGAGCGUGCCAAUGCGUAUGCCCCCCAGCAUUCUCGCAUCUUCAAAGAGAUGAUCAUCGUCGCAUCUCCGCUGAAGCCUUUCGACUAUAACGCGAAGGGUAACAUCCGCCGUAAUCCAAUCUUGCAGCGUUACACGGAGGAGAUCGAAGCUUUGUAUGAUGCUAUCCAGGAGAGCACUCAAAGCGACCUCAGAGCCCCUGCUCAUUGGGAACCAGAUAGUGCCAGGACCUUCGUUCGCGCCGUCGUGCAUAAGGUCCUGCUGAAGCCCUUGGACGACACUUGUGAUAUCUUCCGCAGCGGAUGCGAUAGCUUGCAAGCGACAUGGAUUCGCAAUACCAUCCUGCGAGCUCUUCGCGGAGUCUCAUCCGAUGCCGCUACUCGGGCUCCAGUCGACUUUGUAUACAGAGCGCCUACGAUCACCAAACUCACUGAUACGAUCUUAAGUGCCAUCAAUCGUUCUGGAGAGUCUCUGGGCACCAUGUCGGCAGAAGAGCUCCUCCAGACGGCCAAGACCUACUCGUCUGAUCUCAAUCCGAGACCUGCUCGGCGCCGACAGCGAGAACCGGGUGGCAAAGAUGUGGUCCUGAUCACUGGAACUACCAACGGCUUUGGCUGCGAUGUUUUGGAGCGUUUUCUUGCCGACGACAGGGUCUUCGUUGUCUAUGCUUUCAAUCGAAGAGAUGCGCAGACUAUGGCUAGGCAAUGCGCUAGCUUCCGUGCCCGAGGGCUGGACGAGGGAAAACUAAAUUCUUCCAAGUUCGUAAUGGUCGAGGUUGAGCUAGACCGACCCGAUUUUGGUAUACAUCCGGAACUGCUGCACGGAAUCAGGGAAUCGGUCACUCAUAUCAUACAUAAUGCCUGGAAAGUCGACUUCAAUCUCGCACUCGCUUCGUAUGAGGUCGAUCUGAAGGCGGUCCGUAACCUGGUCGAGCUAGCUCUGGGCUCGCCAUAUGUCGAACCACCCCGUAUUCAGUUCAUAAGCUCAGUUGGCGUGCUUCGCAAUUGCACUGCGACUGUACCCAUUGCCGAGGUACCCCUUGAGCCCUUGUCUGCCUUGGGCACGGGUUAUUCCGAAGCGAAAUGGAUUGCAGAGCAAGUCCUAUUCAACGUAUCCAAGCAACAUGGCGUUCCCGUGACGGUGGUUCGGCUUGGUCAAGUGUGCGGAGACCGUCUAGGCCACUGGAACGAGAAGGAAUGGUUCCCGGCACUCGUCAAGUCUGCGGUUUCCACGCGUUGCUUACCUGUUCUCGAGGCUGUGGUAAGCUUCAUCCCAAGUUAUCCUGCCGCACAAGCGUUGCUGGAAAUGCGCAGCUCGCCUUCCCCCGUCCUCCAUCUCGUACAUCCUCACCCAGUAGCAUGGCGUACACUCUUGGAACCCAUCGCAGAAGAGCUUGGCGUUCCACUCGUACCAUUCCAAGAUUGGCUCGCCGCGCUAGAGGAAUGCGAUAGCGAAUCCCUCGAUGAGGGGCAUACAGACGCCGUCGGGAACAAUCCGGCCCUACGCUUGCUUGGUCUAUUCCGUUCAUGGACCUCAGGGUCCGGUCCUGGGCCAGUGAGCGGUCUUCAUGUGCUCACGGAUAAAGCUCAGGCUGCGUCUGAAACGCUCAGAAAUCUCCCUCACCUCGAGGAGGAAGUGGCGAGGAGUUGGAUUGCCGCUUGGAGGCGUUCGGGCUUCUUACCUACCUCAACGGCUUGUCGUGUAGCUGGAACGGAUGAACUCAAUUAA